GGAGAACGAGCAACAUGCGGCGGGCGCGGGCGGUUAUUCAGAGCGUGGUGGGGCAGACAUCUCACACCAAAAACCAUACCAUACCACCGCACACUACACACCGCACUACAACACCACACCACACCACACCACACUCCACACACCGCACCAGCCCCAAUGCAGUCCUCAAUAGAACAACGCCGUUGUAUCUAACGGUUACUCUACUCCCGCCCAAUCUGCUCCGUGUCCGAGAAGUUAAAAACCAGCAGAAAAUCAUGAUAAUAAUGGGGGCGGAUGUUCCGCGAUGCCAUUCGACCUGUGGAUUCAGCCGGCAAGCUAGCAUUUGGCCCAAUCGCGGGUCCGAAAACACACCACUUGGGACGCUGGGAGCGGGGGAAAACCGUCAUCAUCGACAUUGGAUGGACAAAUUUUUAUAUGACUUGCGACAAUUAAGUACCUAACAGUUCCUUAAAAUAUUAAGAUGCUCCGCUCCCGGGAAAACUUGAACUUUUUUACGGAGUUAUCCUGUACUAGCUCUCGCCCCUUGGACUAUGUUCGUGAAAACCUAUUUAUAUCCUGAAACUCCCAACCCCUCCUCCAUUCGCAACAGGGACUAGCCAGGAGAAUAAUGAACAGGAGUUCUGAAUUAAGCAGCUGGUUUUGAACAGCUCUGUCGAUCGAUACACUUACGUGCUUGUGUCCCUUUUUCUUCUAUCUCUCCAAACACCGGCGUGCGUCUUCGCUAGAGGCAAUGCAAAAUCGGAAAAAAAAUGUGUCCACGCAUCCAGCGAUAUUCUCCUAUUUUGGACCUGAAGUUUUCGUAGCUGAUGAAAGCCAGAGCAUUCAGAGGAUAAAUAGAUGAAACAGCGCGGUGCCUCCCCCAUACAAAAGGAUAAUGAAACAUGCGUUCCACACACUCAAGUUUACUUUUUUGGACCCAAGGAAGAACACACUGAACAAAAAUAUUAGCAGGGCAAAUCUUGUCACUAGUAAAACGGUCUUGUGGUCUAGUGGUAUGAUUCUCGCUUCGGGUUCGCCCGAUUGAGUGCACUUAAUCUGAUAUGCGAGAGGCCCCGCGUUCGAGUCGCGGCAAGACCCUGUUGAUCUGUUUUUUUCUAACUCUUUUUACUGUUCUUCAUUGUUAUGAUUCUUUUUCUUUGUCUUUUUCUUCUUUCUUUUUAAAUUCAUUUUUGGUUUGUUUAUAACUUUCCGCUCCUUUACUUCUUUCCUCUUGUUUUAAUGUAAAUACAAAAAAUGUUCUUUCAAGACGGGUUUGUGAGUACUUUUGAGGACAAAAUAUACGUUCAUUGCAUGAGGGGUUAAUCUUGUUUCACUUGGGAAAAGUUAUUAUAUCCCUUCGAAGGUUAGAACUGGGUUAUAUAUAACUUGGUGAAAAGGAAAGAAAUUAACAUUGGAACAGGAAUGUAUUUUUUCAUCUUCGAAUGCGGAAUAUGAUUUUGAUUAAUUAGCCUGGAGGAUUAUGACGACGAGACGGAGGGAAUUAUUCCCCCUGGCCCCCUCCCCCCCCCCCUCUCUCUCACACACAUAAAACAUGAUGUAUGAUUAUCAACUCUCGUCCCUUUACUGCAUAAUCUGUAAAUUCCGAAAAAAAAGUCACAAGUUAGUUAGCUCAACAUGGAAGCUAUGAAAGGGAAGAAAAUAAACGAAGAACAAGAGUAAAGAACAAUGACAACAGAGAAGAUGCAUGAUAGGGUAGGACCAAGAAAAUCAAGGUCAUACCUUCUCCCGCAACG